AUGAAUUAUCUUAAAAAACAACAUUAGAAUUAUUAGAUUAUAAUCACAAACUGUAUAAAUUUAUGUCAAUUAAAAGAUAAAUAAAACUUAGAAGAAUAUCUACACCCAGUUAAAUAAAAGAGAAAACAUUAUAUAAAUAAAUUCAAUACAGAAUUAUAAAUUGAAAAUCCACAACCCAAAUAAGAGGAUACCUAAUUAAUAUAACAAUUUUCGGUGUAAAAAUUAUACAGAAAAAAAUUCUUAAAAAAACUUGAAACCUAUGUAGAAUUUUUAGAAGGGAUAAAGGUGAUAAUUAUAUACAAUUAUAGGAAUCUGAACAAUAAUUCGGUUAAUAAUUAAAUGAUUUAGAUAGUAAAUUACUUUCAGAAAAUGAAAUUACUAGUAUAGAUAAAUAUUCUGAGGAUGCAAAUGAAAUUAUAUAAUAAUUAACUGGAGUUUAAUUGAACUCUAAAUUAUUCUUGUAUUUACCUUAUUGGAAAGACUUUAAAAAAGUAUUAAAAUAAAUUAGUCAAUGUCAUUUUGAAGUUGCCUAAGAUAUAAGCAAAGUGAGUAUUUAAUUAGUAUAGCUAAGAAAAGCAUACAUAAAAGAAGUAGAAGAUAUUAAAAAAUAAAGAAGGAAAUUAAAACAUUAAACUGUUGAAUGCUAUCAACAUUAUUAAAAGAUAUUAAAUGAAUUUAAUUAAAUAGAAAAAGAUCUAUAAACUUUUACUUUGUCUCAUUAAGAAAUGCUUAAAAGAAAAGAUGAUCCAACUCAAAUCAUUAAAAGUGAAAUGAAAGUCAAAUUGCAAAUGCAAUAAUCAGAUAAUAUUAGAUUGAAAUUAACAGAUGCUAGAGAUAGAAUCAAAGAAAAUUAAAUAGAAAUAAAUGAAUUUAAUUAAAAAAUGCAUUAAUUCUAACUUAAUUAUGAAGAAUAAAGGGUUGUAUUUGUAAAACAAGGUUUUCAAGCAUUUUUAAUAACAUCUGAGAAUUAUGCUAGUUAAUUUUAAACUUAGAUCUCUUCCUUAAUAGUAAUUGUUGAUGAAGAUUAUUGUAAUUAUAUAUAAUUUAUAUAUUAGAUUAAAUAUAUCCUUAGAAAUAGAAUAGAAAUCCAUUUUCACCUUAAAAGUAAAUAUUGUAAAAUUAAUAAUAAAAUUAAAAUGUUGAACUUGAUAUAAAUGAAUAAAUAAAAGAAUGUUAAAGAUAAACUACUUAUUUACUUUAAUAAUGGUAAAUAGUUUAAAAAUAUAAUGAAGAAUUAGAAUAUUUUUUUAGAGACAUUAUCUAAAUAUUUAAUCAAAAAUCAGUAGAUAAAGAUUUUACAUUUGUAAAAUUGCAAGUAGAAUUAGAAAAAUAAGAAAUUGUUGAUAUUUUCAAUGUUCUUUUUUCAAGUUUAUUAAGUGUUAUUUAAAUAAUUAAAGAUUCAAAUAAAUAAUUAGUUGAUUAGAUUGAAAGAAAAAGAUAGGAUAUUGCUAAAUGUAGAUUAGAUAUGUCUAUUUGUAAGGAACUUGAAGUAUUUGCAUUAAGAGAUUUAAAAAAAUUAUAAAGUCUUAGUUCUGAUGAAAAAGCACUUGAAUAAUAUUAAAAUGAUUAAGUAGAUAAAUCAAAAACAAAGAAGGCAGCAGAACAUUUUUUUAAUGAAAUGAAAUAAAAUAUGUCAAAUGUAAAAUCCUUAAAUUUUGGUAAAUUUUAUGCAACUAUUGGUUAAAGUGUAACUAAAGUUUAAAAGAUGAGUAAUUUGAAAGAAGAUGAUCUAAAAGAAUAGUAAAUAUAAUUAAUUGAAGAUAAAAAAGCAUUAAUUUCAUUAUAAGGAUAUACUUUAAAAAAAAUGGAAGAUAUUCUCAAAAAACACAAUAAAUAAAUAGCAAAAAUGAAAAAAACAUUAAUUGAAGAUUUGGGAAGAUUUGCUAUUUCAAUAUUUACUAAUUUAAGAAUGAUAGUUGAUGAAAGUAAAAUAUAUAAUUUAACUUAGCAACUGAAAAUAUUUAGAUCAUAUAAUAAAGAGAAAACUUAAAAAGUGAAAAUGAAGAGUAAGUAAUUCAUAAUGAGAAAGAAGUAACUAUUAGUCAAAAUGAAGAAAUGAUUGAAGAUCUUAAUGUAAGUACUACAUCAUUAUUAAUUUAAAAACUAUUAAAAGUAUUAGUAAAUGAUUGGAAGGAAAGCGAAUAUUUUAAAUUGAAAAUAAAAAAAACAUUGAAUAAGUCUUUUAAUAAAAAGAGAACAACAAUGUUAUCAGAGAUUGCUGUGUCUGAUUUAAAGAUUGUUGGAGAUGCUCCAUCUUUAUCUAAUAUAUAAGUAUUAAGAUAAGAUGUUAAUGAAGUAUUUUAAUUAAUAGAUUUUAGUUUCUUUGUGACUUAGAUUUAUCUUUUCGAGGUAAAAUCUAAAUUGUUUUAAAUACAAAUCUUAUUCUUAAUUGGCCAAAAGAAUAUUAAGUGCCUAUUGAAAUCAAAAUUACAAUCUCUACUUUUACAAGUAGAAUUAGAUUAUGUUUUGUUCCUACAUAUCUUGGAAAGAGUUGGUAAUAUCAUUUAUAAUAUAAAAUCAAAGGCUUUCUAUGAUAGGCUAUCCUGUAAUAAAUUUAGAUAUUGAAACAAUUAUUUUGUAGAAAUAUAAUAUUGCCAAUAUCUUAUAAAUUAAUGAUUUAAUAAGAGAGUUUUUAAUUGGAAAGGUAAAGUUAAUGACUUAUCCAAAUAAAUUAUCAAUAAAAGUACCUUUAAGUAAGAAAUGA